AUGCUGCACGGGGGCUUUCACGAGAUACAUGCGUCGCUCGCGGAGAAGGUCUUCCUGGAUGUCGUACUUAGGCGCCUGGUGGUGCACGGGGACGACGCGGACGUACGCGCCGCGCGCACUGCGGUCGAACAACAGCAGGCUGGAGAGAGUAUCCAGCGGUCUUCCACGGACGACACGCCAUGCCCGGUCUGUUUUUGCGACGUCUCGGAGCCCUUGAGUCUACCCUGCGGGCACACCUACUGCCGGUCUUGUCUACAGCACUACCUCGGUUCGCUCGCAAAUGCUACCGGUGGUUCAGGUGCUAUUUCGGCAGCGUGCCUCGCUGAGGUCGUACGCGAUGACGGUACGGCGACACCCUGCAGGCGCGGGAUCCCUCUCGACACUAUACGCGAUCUCCUCACUCCAGGAGAAGAAGAGCGCCUCCUGGAAGCUACUUUCCUGUCGCAUAUCAAUAGCCGCGCGCAGGAGUUCAAGUACUGCCCGACGGCGGACUGCCAGACCAUUUACCGCGCGAGCGAGGAAAACACCGUGCUCCGCUGCCCGUCCUGCGUCGCCCGCAUUUGCGCGUCCUGCCACGUCGAGGCACACGAAGGCCUGAGCUGUGCAGCGUACAAGGACCAUGCCUCGGGCGGGGACGAGUCGUUCGAGCGUUGGCGCAAGGAGCACGACGUGCGGCCUUGUCCCGGGUGCGGUACCGGUCUGGAGAAGAACGGCGGAUGCAACCAUAUGCAUUGUAGGCAGUGCGGAACUCACCUGUGCUGGGUCUGCAUGAAGGUGUUUGGGGACACGGACAGCGGUGGGGGCGUGUACGCGCACAUGAGGAAGGCACAUGGCGGAAUUAUGUGA